CUUUAUAUAUUUCUGCUUUAACUGAGUUUAACUUUGUCUAACUGACAAAACUAUCUGAACUGACUUGGCCUUCAGAUUCCAUUCAACUUCCAGAUACAGCAACAUAUCUUCCCUUCUCAUGCAAGCCAAACCAGUUUGGAGACUUCUCUGCAGGCAAGUAAAAGAAUUCUGUUCAUUCUUGAGAAGCACAACAAAGAUUUUUCUUCAAGACAGAAUUGUUAUCAUAUCUCACUUGACAGCUGAGAAAAUUAACACACAAGACAGAAAAAGAUAAGAAGUCAUCAGAAUGGAUUGUUCCUUACGUUGGACUGAUUAUUACUGUUUCCUAGGAAGAUAUAUACUUCAUUUGUGUGUAUGUAUGGAGGGAGAGAGAAUGUAGCUCCUUUUCUUGGUACUUGUCAUUGAUUCUAUUUUGAUUGUUAGUUGUUUGACAUUCCGUGGCUCAGGGAGGUGGAGACAACAAAAAGGACCAAAUGAAAUGUGUGUUUGCUCCCUUUUCCUUAAUUCCCGUUCACAGGAUGACCAUUGCCUCAAAUGGAGAUCUGUUGGCAGGUCAUAUCUACAAAGUAUACAGUUUUUCAGGCUUUGUAGCAAAGCCAUAUGCUGGGCAUGAGUUCCAUGUUCUCCCAGGGAGGGCUGGUUUUCCCCCCGUUCUGUCUGAACUUAAUUUUCUGUAACUGCCAAAAGUAGCUGAACUGACUGGUGUUAUCACACAUGUGCCCAUCCAGACAGGUAACCCCUGGGAUACAGAAGGGACCUUUUAAGAGUGAAUAGAAAGUGCUACUGAAAAUUGGCAAUCUUCUCAUCAAAGAAAUCAAACUCAGAAGACCUCGACUGAAAGUGAACAACCGUGUUUUAUUAAAAGGGUAAAUAGGUGAAGAGAGCCUACAGGACAGGGCAGCCCCCACCCGCAUCCAUAUCCCAUCACUCAAUGCCUGCUGAGGUGAGGGUAAAGUCAGUCCUUCCUUAAUUUAUGACGUCAAUCCCCAAAAUGUAGAUCACUGGGUUUUUAUCAAAGCUUAUAUGGUAGAAACAAUAAUCCUCAUAUUUGACUAUUCUUAGCCAGCACCUUUCCUGCUCUGCAAGCCUCCGGUCUAGGCAUAGUGAUCCCUAUUUGGCUUCGCUCAUUCUAUGAACUUCGCUUCUUCUGAACACGGCCUCAGAAUGCUGAAAACCAUUCCCAGAAGCAGAGAAGGGAUGAGGACCCCAUGAAAGGCCAAGAGAUCAAAGAUGGAACAGCAAGACCCAGCUACCCCUGAAGCAGGACUUGGCCCUGUUGCCAUCAAGACUGAGACCCAUGGGGAGGAAUUCUUGGGGGGAAACGUGCAGAAGAUCUUGAGGGAGAACCCUCUCAGCUCAGAUGUGCAGCGCCAGCAGUUUCGGCGUUUCCCCUACCAGGAGGCUGAGGGGCCCCGAGAGGCUUGCAGCCGACUCCACCUUCUUUGCCGUGAGUGGCUGAAGCCAGAGCGGCACACAAAGAACCAGAUCCUGGACCUGGUGAUCCUGGAGCAGUUCCUAGCUGUCCUGCCCCCAGAGAUGGAGAGCUGGGUGAGGGAAUGUGGGGCUGAGAGGAGUUCCCAGGCGGUGGCCCUGGCAGAAGGUCUCCUCCUGAGCCUGGCAGAGGACGAGAAGCAGGAAGAGCAGCAGGAAAAGUCUGUCUAUGCAGAAAUAGGAACUGAUUUCUCUGAGGCAGAGAGGACUCCAUCGGACAUCAGGCAGAGGCUGCUGGGUAAGGAUGAAUGGGCCGUAUCUCCAUUUGGUCUGUCUCUGUUGAUGUUGACUCCUUUACUCUUGUCUCCGAGAGCCAGUGUGGUGUAGUGGUUAAGGUGUUGGACUACGACCUAGGAGACCAGGGUUCAAAUCCCCACACCGCCAUGAAGCUCACUGGGUGACCUUGGGGCAGUCACUGCCUCUCAGCCCCAGAGGAAGGCAAUCGUAAACCUUCUCUGAAUACCUCUUACCAUAACAACCUUAUUCAUAUGGUCGCCAUAUGUCGGAAACAACAUUUUCCAUGCUCGUCUCCAGCUUUUUCCACAGCUCAGAAAUGCUCCUACUUACAUCAUGAUUUUUUACGUGGGAACCAUCACUUUGAUUUCUGGCUUAGAGCUCAAAUGAGGAGAUGUUUUAUCGCACAACUGAAACAUAAAUUGUGAAUAAAUACCUCACUCAGCUGAUAAGACCCUCAUGCAGUUAGACACAUAUAUUUUAACCUCUGAGAAUAGCGUACUGUAUAUUACAGGCUUUUGGGCCUAUUUUCUUUU